AUGUAUAAAGGUGUGCGCACAUCCACCGUGGAGAAACAAGACGUCUUGUCUCAGUUCCUGAAGGAGGCCUAUUAUGGUGAAUGGUAUCAUAACACCGCCGCCAUGCUCUUUACCGUCGUCUUUACUUGGUUUCUGACUAAAUGUGGAGGUGGCCUGAUGGCCUGUUUGGUCAUCGGCGCCUUCUUGGCAACCUACUACCAGACAUCGAUUCGUCGACUACGACGCAAUGUGAGAGACGAUAUCCAGCGGGAAUUAUCAAUUCAUCGGCUUGAGUCCGAAAGUGAGACAGCUGAUUGGAUCAAUCAUUUCAUGUCUCGGUUCUGGCUGAUUUAUGAACCCGUUCUCUCGGCUCAGAUCAUUGGUAUUGCAGACUCCAUCUUGGUCGAUAGCACGCCUUCUUUUCUGGACUCGAUCCGACUGACUUCAUUUACCUUGGGUACAAAAGCACCACGUAUUGAGAGUAUCAAGACGAUCACAAAGACCGAGCCUAAUGUGGUGUGUAUGGACUGGAAGUUUUCGUUUGUGCCUAAUGAUACUCUGGAUAUGUCCGAGCGUGAUCUUCAAUCCAAAGUGAACCCCAAGAUUGUACUGACCAUUCGUGUCGGAAAGGGUGUCCUUGGUGCAGGCAUGCCUAUCUUGUUGGAAGAUCUGGCGUUCAGUGGUCAUCUUCGCUUAAAGUUUAGAAUGUUUAAUGAGUUUCCCCAUAUCAAGACAGUCGAAGCUUCUUUCUUGGAAAAGCCUACCUUUGACUAUGUACUCAAGCCUGUGGGCGGUGAAACGUUUGGAUUUGACAUUAAUAAUAUUCCUGGCCUUGAAUCAUUUAUUCAAGAACAAGUUCAUGCCACGCUCCAGCCAAUGAUGUAUGCUCCAAACGUCUAUACUUUGGACGUUGCUGGCAUGAUGUCUGGUGCUGUCGAUCUGAAUUCUGCAAAUGGUGUCUUGGUUUGCAAGGUCCAUUCAGCUGUUGGAUUAAAGGAUAAUGAUCUGUUUGGCACAUUGGACCCUUACAUUACUGUCCAUGUCGGUAGUGAAAAGAACCCAGAGUUGGGUCGAACCAAGUGUAUUGAAGAUAACCGUAACCCCAAGUUUGAUGAAACUCUCUUUGUACUCUUGAACCAUACAAACGAUACGUUGGUAUUUGAAGUCAAGGAUAGAAAUGUAGGACGAAGCGAUACUUCCUGUGGUAUCUGUACAUUUGAUCUCAAGGCCCUCAAGGAAAACGAUAAUGUUGUUGAUGGCUUGUCACUUUCUGUCAUGAAGAAAGGUAAAAUCUGUGGUGAAGUCAAGGUCGACCUUCACUAUUUCCCUGUUAAUUUACCUGACAAAAACGAGGAUGGCACGGUAAUUCCUCCUAAAGAAUCAAGUAUUGGUAUCUUGCGCUUCUCUGUUCAUGAAUGUAAAGAAUUGGUUGGAAAAUCGGACAUUAGUCCAUACGCUGUAGUCAAGGUCAAUGGUCAAGAACGACUUCGCACGAACCCAUUCAAGCGCAGCGUCAACCCACGCUGGGACAAAUCUGUUGAGCUGUUUGUGACCGACAAGACAAAUCUCAAUCUGGACGUCGAGAUCCGGGACGACAGCAUGGACGAUCGUAUCUUGGGACGCUGGCAGUCAACGCUUGAGCAGUUUGAGGAAGACUGCUUUAUCAAUCAACAAGACUGGUGGACUCUCAAGGACGGUGCCGGCAAGGUCCAUUUGGGCAUGCAGUGGAAGCAUAUCACCAUGACGGGAUUCACUGAGCAGUCUUCUCACGGUGCCUACCGCCCUCCGAUCGGCGUCGUUCGAGUCCAUGUGGAAAGUGCCGAUGAUCUCAAGAAUGUAGAAGCAAUGACCGGAGGCAAAUCUGAUCCCUAUGUUCGUCUCUUGGUCGGUACUCAGAACCGUGGUCAGACUGAUUACUUUGAUGACACGCUUUGUCCAGUUUGGAAUCAAGUGUUGUAUGUGCCCGUUCAUUCCAAGCGUGAGGAUUUGGUGCUCGAGGUGAUGGACUAUAACGAUAAUACAAAGGAUAAAAGUUUGGGUCUUACCGAUCUGCUCCUUGAAGAUAUCAUGAAGGAAAUCAAGACGGAGGACGGUCAGUUGAUUUAUGAGGCACUCGAACCUGUCACCAGAAACGUGGAACUCAUGACGGCCGAACGCACCAAGGGACGUGGCACGCUUCGUUAUAGCGCUUCCUUUUUCCCUACCUUAGCCCUUGCCAAGGAACCACAGCAAGAAAAGGAGCAAGAACCCACCACGGCAGAUGAAGAGCAAUCGAACGGCAGCCAGGCCUCAGAGGAACCUGAAAUGAUUGACAAGCCCAAGGAAUUGCCUGAAAAGGACCUUCACCAAGAAAUCAUUCGAUACAAAGACGACAAGAUCGAUCUUGUCAAAUAUGAAUCUGGCGUGCUUGCCGUCACUGUUCAGUCACUCAGCUUACCCGAAUCAACCAAGGUCACGGUGGACCUUUCCUUGGACAGCACUUAUCCUCAAUUCCGCACUCUCGAACACCGAGACAAACAUAUUGAAGUGAACGAGACAGGCACCUUGUUUGUGAAAGAACUUGACUUCUCCAAGCUUCUUGUACGUGUAAGAAAGGUGAAAGAAGACGAAAAAGAUGACAAGUCUAUCCUGGGCCGAUGCACUUUAGAAGUUCGAAAGAUUGUUGAACAACUGAUGGAGCAAGAUGAACCAGUGACACAAGAGCUAUCACUCUUGGAAUGCCCCUCCGGUCUCAUCCGUCUCAGCUUCCGUUACGUGCCUGUUGUUCGAUUCAAGCUUGACCCUAAAGAAAGUUUGGAAAACCAAGGCAACCUGACGGUGACUCUGGUCAAGGCAUCCAACUUGACAGCCGCAGAUCGCAGCGGCACAAGUGAUCCAUUUGUUCGCUUCUACUUGGAUGAACAACGUAUAUAUAAAUCGCAAGUGUACAAGAAGACGGUCAACCCAGUGUUUAACAAAGACGAGACCUUUACAGUGCCUGUGAUCAAUCGUAUGACGUCUAACCUGGUAGCCAAGGUCUUUGAUUGGGACCAGAUUGGUAAAGACACACCUUUGGGCGAAUGCCGAAUCUCUUUUACUGGUAACGAUAUUGAAACAUUUGUUACUGCUACCAAGGAAUACACUUUACAAAAUGGUACUGGUACCUUGACCGUUCGCUUGACCUGGAGACCCGAUCUCGUUGCUCGUAAGCGAACCAACACGUCCUUCUUCUCUGCUACCACACGUGUGUUCACUCAAGCACCAGGAGAAGUCGUUGGUGCUGGCAUAGGCGCGGGAACCAAAGUGUUUGGCGCUGGCGUUUCUGCUUUGGGAAGCGGAUUCCUGGGAAGAAUUGGCACCAAGAGAUCGAGUGACGAUGCGUCAUCUGUCCUCAGCAGGGAAGCUACCAACACUUCCUCGAUUGAACCAAGUACAUCUCGUAGCAGCUCAAGCAUUCAGCGAUCCAUCUCUGACGAUGCAGUCACCGUUCAAGUUCAGUUGAUAGAAGCUCGUGACCUUAAAGCAAUGGAUCGAGGAGGCACCAGUGACCCUUACUGUCGUGUGAGAGUAGGAAAUAAGGUGGUUUACAAGACUCGUCAUAUCAAAAAGACAUUGACUCCAGAGUGGAAUGAAACGUUUACUACCAAGAUUUCUCCUCAAAAGGAGACCUUGGACUUUAAGGUCAAGGAUCAUAAUACUCUCACAGAUGUCGAUAUCGGUGAUCAUCAAUUCAAACUUCCUGAUGACCUUCCAUUUGAUGGCUGGCUACCUUUAACACCAGAAGGAACUGGUAUGAUUCAUGUCAAGGUGUCUGUCAUUUAA